CUCAAGGUACUCAAUAACCAAAUCUAACAGUCUUGUAUUACUCUGGGAACAACUGAACUUUUCACCGCCACCGCCUCAUUUUCCGGGUUGAAGCGCAAGUCUUGAAAACAAAUCAGCAAAGAAAAGGAUGUAUAUGGGGUUCUUUUUCGUGGGUUAUAUGCUUGUUGUCUGUUCGUCCUAUUCGUCGGGUCGCAGCACUCGAGCAGCGUCGGAUCAGUACCUGAAGAAAGCGAAUGAAAUUCUGGAUGAAACCCCGCUUGUGGACGGGUGAGUAUUUAAAAGAUUUGUUAUUAUCAGUCAGCAAUUCAUCGAAAGGAAAGUUUGUCUUUCGUUCAAUUCUUCACCACCUUUUGGAUAAGGAUGCACGUGAAUUUUUACUAUUUUGGGUGCAUGCAUCCCCAAUAUAUCUCUUACAGCGAGGUGCCCCUGAAUUUAUGCACGGUUAAUGUUGGCCUUUGACCGUAGGAUGAUCAAUAGAGAACCGAUUGCUUUGCGUUCGUACAUUCCGUAAAGUCUAAUGUAUAAAAUGUUAUUUAAGAUUAUUAAAUUUUUUCAUGGGCGAUUCCGACGACGGGUUAAAACCAAUGUUUGAGGACUGAGGCUAUGUACAGGUAGAAAUAAGAGCAUCGGCACUAUUACGUAACUUUCAAGGCGGGGGGUAGAGGGAGCGGGGGGGGGGGGCCAACCCACGGGAAAUUCGAAACGUUCAGCUUUUCAAAUAUCAAUAUCCCCACCCUUGGGUCACCAUUUAUGAGUCCAAUUCCCGUCCCUGGGCACAGGGUCCAGAGGAGUUUCGUGUGAAUAAAUGAAUUACUUAUUUUAAGUCUCACGUUGAAAAAUGUCUAUAUCUGUCGCUUAGCGCGAUUAAUUAGCCCAAAUUAAUGGAAUCUUUAUUAUGAGUCUACAGUAAACGAUUUCUUCGCUUCUUAUCUGACCCAGAUCGACUUUGUUGUUCGCCAUUUUUUCAGAGGUUUUCGACGGGUUUUGAUGUUCUAACGACAAAUACAUCUCCUCUGGACCCUGUGCCCUGGGGCGAACCAAAAGGCACUUACUACACUUUAUUGCAGCACUCAUCGUAGCCUGCGAAUACAUUGCAGCCGUUUCUCCUCUCUCCUCGCCGCUAGGGACGUUUCGAGUAGCAAGGUGAAACGGCUGUAUCCGCAGGCUACACUCAGCGUCUCCAGAGAGUAAUUUCUUAGUGACAAAACUUGAAACUUUGUGCAUUUCCCUGGAAGACAUAUUUUAGCUAGAUAUUUAGCGUGGAUGGCAAUUUAACACACGUUCUAUACUCCCGAAAGUAUCUGUGAAUUGUUUCAUAGUAUUUACAUGGAUACAAAAUGAGCAAUGCUAGAACAUGUCAUCAUCGAGAGGGGUUAAUUGUAAUGUCUAAGGGCUAAUGUUUGUAACAGAGGUCCAGAAUUUCUUUUAAUUGGACAUUUGAAGUAUGCUAGCAAAUCUGACACAGGAUUCCAAGUCUAUUUUACUUAUGUACGUUUGAUUUGUGAUCUUUCUCUAUAUCGAAAUCUUGCGGCAAGGCGGCAUCAAAUGAAAACAAGCAGAAAGCAUAUUUUCAUAUGCGGUUUUGUGCGAUACUUCUCUUCACAGCUGAGGGACAAAAUAGUUUUUGUACUGACACGUCGAUGGGUGUUAAAAAAACCAAUUUUUGCUUAAAAAGCGACAAGAUAUUCCUAGCUUUCGUUUUGCUAUCCUUCACGAAGAAAUGAACACGUUAAAACGCGGGAAACUCAUCCGAAUGACCGCUGGGUACUUUCUAAGACGGCGGAGCACUUAUCACUCAUUCCCAGGUCCUAUCCACUUUCCAAUGUGACAGAAGAGGCUGGGGGCGUUCAGGAUGUCAAAUUCCUCACCCACAUACGCUUCACUAAGUCAAAUUUACGCGGGUCCCCCCCCUCCAUCCUAGCGCUGUCUGGGCCACCUGUGAGCAAGAGCCAUUAUGGCUCUUGCUGUCGGUCAUGGAAUUUACAGCGAGGCUCGCGCGAGUCUGGAGCGCAUCUUGUGGUGCCUUAUUAGUUGACGUCUAAAGCCUGCAGUUGCAACAAACAACGAGAAGAAAAUAUAACGAAAACAUUUGAUUGACUUUCAGCUAUUGAAACACUAUUAUUGGCCUUCGCUGGAAACCACAUUUCUGAGAAUAAAAUUUUGGAAUAUUUGAGGGACACCCGACCUGGGCAACCGAUAAAGUUCGUCUUCUAGUGGUCUUUUAUUUAAAUCACUUGAAAACAGAUAAGAAAUCCACACCAGGAAUAGAUCACGAGAAGUCCAUCAUUUACCUGUGUACAGCUCCCCUCCCCCCACCACCCUGUCCCCCUUUCUAGUCCUCCGGGAAAAAAAUGGGGAAAGGGAAUGCUGUAGACACGGUUCCAGGUACGUGGGCACUCUUGAAAAUCCCCACCCAGAUGCGAUAACAUCUUGUAGAAGCGCAUAUAUUUUUUUAAUAUUUAAUAUGCUCAACCUCAUCACGAAGGUUUCCUUUCAUCCAUUCCAGGCAUAACGACAUUCCCUAUCAGAUUCGCAUCAAGUACCACAAUAGAUUCGAGAAUAUGACGUUCGGUACAAAUGAACCAACGUGGCAUACAGACAUACCACGACUGAGGAAAGGAAAAGUCGGUAGCCAGGUAAACAAUCACGUAAAAAGUUAUGUUGAAAUGUCACGAUCGUGGGCAAAAAACCAUCUGUAUCUUCUCAGGAUCUCUUAUAUACUUUGUCGAAACAAAAACUGAAUGGGAUCAGUAUCUGACGUAUGGACUAGGAUGUAUGUGUAAGAUACUGACCACACAGAUUGUCCCACUUGCUUAACUGCCUGCCAUCACAUCUUAACCGAUGUGAUAGUACGCGGUCCGAACGCUUCUAUCAAUCUUCUGUGCACAUCAGGGAAUCCUUUGUAUGAUUAGUACCGCUGCCCUACUAUUAGCCAGAUAAAGAAAAGAUAAUACAACGUCUCUGAGAAUGCUAAGGUGUGCGAAACGGAUUGUACGCGUCUAUCGCGACUCAGUAUAAAAAAAAAAUAACUUAAUUCUGCAAUUUGGCCAAAAAUUGCACUAGAGAGAACUGAAUUUUGCGGAAAUUGUCAAAAUACUGAUCGAGAUUCACAAAUUAUUCGAAUGGAUCCUCGGGAAGAAGAGCUUACUCACCGUUAAAUACCCCAGAAACUCCAGCUUUCUCUCAUCCUGGUGACUAAAGAAUUAUUGAUAUCGAGGGAUUUUUUCGCGGAUCUUCAAUUUCGCAAUGUUUUUAAAUCCAGUUCCUGGAAAUAAGUGACAAAAAGGUAUUUGCUGACUACCCAAUUUAAAGGGAAGAAUUAUGUUUACUUAUGUAUUUCGCUGCAGAAGGAAAACGUGGUGGUGCGAUCAACACUUCCAGCCAUUUUAUCCUGAAAAAGCUCUCGGGUUGGGCUUUCGCUAGAUCGUUUUGGGUUUCGAGCCACAUUUCUUGGUUAAAAUAAUAUCUCAGAGAAAGAGUUUGGUGGGAUUCUUCAACAUAUAAAUGAUUUAAGUACAACGAUAGAAAGGUCACAGAACGCAUAAUUUCUCAAAAACUGCGAAAUUGUAAAAAGGUUCGCGUUGAAGUAAGUUUGCGUGCAGACGUCUUUUGGGGCUCUAGGAAAAGGGACAGUAUGUCUCUUUACAUAGAGCUGCGCAACAAUGGAAAUAGGACUGAAACGUCUGCGAGCACUAGGCUACGUCGCAAUAACAGUCGUUGACUAGCUUCUUUAUCAAAAGGACUGCUAUAUUUUGACUUCAUGAGUAUUUAGUUUUAACUUAUUAUCAUUAAACUAUAUUAGAUUUCUUAAACUACCCUUGACUCUUCUUGGUGAGGGUUCUUUAAUACCGGUUUUUUAGGACCACAUUUUCGAUGUGGCAAAAUCGCGCAUCCCUUUCAGAAUAAUAUUCUCGAUUUCCGCUUCUCUUUUCCCCUAAAAUCCCGAAUCCUGGCAUCAAAUAAGGAAAAUCCCGGAUCCCGGAAAACCUAUAGGGCUUUUCCUUUGUAUCAUCAGUGUUUCGUGUCUAAAUAAACUAAUUUGGCAUUUCUAAAUCCUUGCAGUUUUGGGCAGCUUAUGCUCCAUGCAGUGCUCGGCUGAAAAAUGUCGUUAGAAUAGGCCUCGAACAAGUCGCAGUUAUCAAACGGCUGGUGGAAAAAUAUCCGGAAGAUCUUGAGUUCGUCACAACGGCUCAAGGCAUAAGGGAUGCUAAGAAGAAGGGCAAGAUUGGCUCCUUGAUUGGACUAGAGGGUGGUCACAUUAUUGACUCAAGUCUUGGCAUGUUGAGAAUGUUCUAUAAACUUGGAGUGAGAUACAUGACCCUGACUCACUCGUGCAAUACUCCAUGGUAAUUUUAUUUAUGUGCACAUGUAUAUUAUAGUUAAUGAUUAUGUGAUAAAUCAAACAGAUUCCUCUUUAAAUUCGUGGGGAUUCGUGGGAUGUAUUUGCGAUAGUAUGCAGUUGUCUUUCGCCAUGAACGAAAACAAGAAGGAAUAAAUUGCUACCUGAAAAGUCAGGCUCAAUUGUUCAAGUUUUCUUAUAACAUGUUGGAUAAACUGCUCAAAAUAAUCCCUUUUGCUUCCCUUUUAGCCCUUUGGUGCGUGAGAUGUCGUUCGUUUAAAAAAAAGGGAAAAGCUCGCACCCAUAAUUUUACCCUUAUUCUUUCAUUCCUAUCCACCAUGUUUAAAUUCUCGAUCCCACAGCCGCCAUCCUUUUUGCCUGCUGAAGAGGUCACCCUUCUAGCCGAGCCAACUAUUUCAUUCUCCAGUAAACGGUUUGCUAAGUUUUCAUAUAAGGAAAUGUAUGAAACUAUUUCAUUCUCCAGUAAACGGUUUGCUAAGUUUUCAUAUAAGGAAAUGUAUGAAAAGUCUACCCUCCCCCCAAUCCCCCAGGCUAGCGCCAGUAAGUGGGUGACCCUUUUUCCCUGGGCCAGUUUUUUCCAUAUAAACUAGGUCUAAGCAUUAGAAUAGCUGUGGUCACACUACAGACUUUUACCUAGGUAAAACCGAUUUACCUAGGGCGAAUUCAUCAAAAAUCUGCCUAGGUAAAUUCAUCUCGGGUUUUGUUUUACCUAGGUAAAAGUUCUGGGAAGGUCACACUACUGAUAUCGGCUCCCAAAGUUUUAAAUCCAGGUGAAUUUUUUGGCGCGUAAAUUCAAGAAGGCAAAAUGCUCAGGGAUCUAGCUGAUCAAAGAGACGUUUUUUCUUUUAUCUCACUGUUAUUUCUUACGCUAAUUCAACGUGCAAGGUGAAGAAAGGCGAAGACGCAGACGACUCGUGCUCCCAAAAUUCCUUUCACAGCGCGAUCUAUGUCCGGUUCUGUCAUCAAGACCUUCGCCAAUAAGCGUCUAUUGGCUACCAACCUCGGCAUUUCAGUUUUCCCUAGCUUUUGCUUUGGGGUAGCUGUCAAGGGAAACUCUAUUGUUUUCGAGACAUAUCCAAGACCCAGACGAUAAAAUUUCCCCGAGGUAAGUUACCUAGGGAAAAAUCGGUCACACUUAAAAAAAUCAAGUUUCCCUCGGUAAACUGCCAACAAGUCGUGUUUCAAGGUAAGAAGUCUGUAGUGUGACCACAGCUAAUGUUGGGAGAAUAGACCUUGUCACCGUUUUGGAAGCCAUCUUGACGAGUGGGCAAGCGCGUGAGAAAUUACAGUGUUUCUAUGAGAAUCUAAUGUCAAAUAAUUUCCGUAAAACGGCUGUUCUAAAUAAAAUAUAAAUUGUAAACUAAAGCUACAUAGCAAAGUAUUCUACUAACAAAUUUUGGGGUCGUACCUCUGCUUAAAUUUUUGCAGACGCUUGCGUUAGAUUUUCCUCAUAGCUGUCUGCAUUUUCCCGGGAAAUUUUAGUCGGCAGGAAGAAAACGUUUUGCAGACAUCUGUAUAUAAAAAUGUUAAAAGUGGUUCUAGCGCACGUAUCUGCGUGUAACGCCUUCAGAUUUUGUUCAGUAGAAUCUUUAGGAAUGAAGCUUAAGUUUACAAGUCGUUUUUUUUUUCAGAAGAGCCGUUUUGCGGAAAUUAUUCGACACUAUUAGAUUCUCAUGCAAACAAUGUAAUUUCUCGCGCGGUUGCCCACUCGUCUACCCUGGGUACCAGAGGUUUUUCUCGCACGCGACGGGGAGCUUCGUUUCGUCGGACGCAGGCCGACACGUGUUCGGCCGAAGGCCGAAGACACGAGCGGCGAUACCGCGGGUCGCUUUUUAAGACUUGGACGAAACCGGAAACCGCGCUUGAAAAGCCUGUAGCACCCAGGGAUUGGGGAUUUCAAAACCGUAACAGGGUCUGUAAACGGAGGGUUCGCAGUAAGAAAGGAGAUCCCUGGACUAUUCCGUGACUUUUGCUUUUGAAUCCAUAGGGCUGAUGCAUGGAGGGAUGAAUCUGGAGAAGUCCAUAAUGGUCUGACUGAAUUUGGAAAAGUAAGUUAUAUCAAGAGAGAAUGAUGGAACAGAAAGGGAGUCUCAGGGCGUUGGCCGGGAUAUGUGAAUUUCAUUAAAGUUGUAAUGAAACGAAAGUCUUAUUCCUCGGACGUCCACAUAUUUUAAUCGAUUGUUCGAAAUUUUCAUAGCCAAAACAAUGCAGAAUAUUGUAAUAGCGAAUGUAGAAUUCUCUAUUGAGAACACUGAAUAAAAAUUUGCGGACAUUUCCAGACACCAACUUCCGAUUAAUUAAAGCGUUUUAAAACUGGUUUAAAAAAAAUUUGGUCCCGGAAAUUCACAUAUUCCAAGGGCUGGAAUGGGCGUUUCUCUCUCUCGCUCUCUCUACCCCAUUUCUCUCUUGGUUACAUUAACCCUUUAAGUCCCAAUGGUGACCGACAUCAAUUUUCUCCUAAUGAUACCAAUACAUUGUCAAGAGAUUAGGUUAUGAGAAUUAAUAAAAUGAUCGCCAAAAAGAAAAUGCUUUGAUCUUUCAUCAAAUUCUCUGAACACAUUCUUUAAGGAAAUUUAUAGAGAUCAGUUGGGAGAACUUGUUUCUGGAUAUUGGGACUUAAAGGGUUAAAAGAAGGUGCAGUGUCUAGCAUGUCAUUCGCAUUUGGAAAAGAACACAAACGAGAAAAUAGAAAUAGAACCUACGACGUUUCAGGAAUCGGGUGCUUGGCUGCUCGAUCCAAAUGAGCGAAUCUUGUGUCAAGUUAGUUCUCAUGGGCAGGUCUGACAAAUGUAUAUGGCAAGUAACCUGCUUAUUAUUAUUAUUAUUAUCAGAAAUAUAGAAAACGUUUUGUGUGGCACUGUAAAGAAGGGAGGUUGGUAUUUAAUAUCAAACGAGAAAAUCAGUCGUCGAUGACGCGAACAAAGGCAAUGAACAAGACCUCGUUGGGACUCGACAUCGUGAAACAGAUAGAAACCAAAGCUAGACUGGCCUGGUCAGCGCCCGGAUUAAAGUUCGUAUGCCUCCUAAAAAUAGGCCCUUUGCACUGUUCCUCCAAUCAAUAAAGCCAUUUCUUAUUCUGAACUGAUAUACUCAAUUAUCAGUUUCUGACUCGUGAAAUAAUACUACUCAUUACAUUGUAAAUAACCUUCACCAGAAAAUGUUGAACUCCAUCCCAGCUGUUGCUGACCUUUUUAAUGAAGUCUCUUAGUUUACAAUACAAAGCUAAAGUGGUAAAUGCCGUCGUUAUUUUAGCUGGUCGUGCUUGAAAUGAAUCGACUGGGAAUGUUAGUUGACUUGUCACAUGUGUCCGUCCAGACAAUGAAUGAUUCACUUGAUACUUCUAAAGCCCCAGGUAUGUUAGUCUGCUCGUAGAGUGCGAACAGGCUCACUUGCCAAAGUUUUGAGGAUAUUUUUGGCGGCGGAAUUACCAGCUCGUGAAGAAAAGUUAGCCUGCUCACGGGCUAUCUCUUUCUCGCCCCAUUCUUCUCGCCGGCUUUGCCGGCUUGCGGAGCCACGAACUCGUACAAUUGAGCCUGGUCGCUGGCUAGUCUGUUCAUUAUUUUAUAUUAGUAGAUUCAAAUGUUUAAAUAUCCGCCGCACCUGGUAAAAGAGACGGUCCGGUUAGGAUCUUUUGCUAUGAAAAUCUUGUCGUCUCGGUUUCUCUCCUUACGUUAUUUUAUCUGUAGGAUACUCGUGUUAUUUCUCAACUGUUUCCCGCAAUUUUUUAUCUUGAACGGUUUUAUUGUUGUUCUCCCUGCAGGCUAGUCUUUCCUUCAUCUUUGGCUUCCUUUAGUGGUGGUUCAGAUACCUUAUUUAAUUUGCUCUAUAUUUCAAAUGAAGCAGAAACUACAUCCAUAUCUCAGAAGGGGUUCGGACUCCUCGUCAGGUUUAGACAACGUAGUAUUCGUUAUCAAUUCUUUUUAAGAAGACGAAAAACUAAUCAGUGACAGGAUAUUGAGAAAAAGAGAAGCCAAGUUAGUAGGAAAAGAAGUGAGAAAACAGAGCUGUGAUUAUGGUUUGGACUUAUGUAUAAUGAUUAAUGUUAAGGACUGACUUAGAGUUAGCUUUCAUUUACUGUUAUGAAAAAUUGUAUUUAAUGUUUCUUUUUACACUCACACGUCCGCUGUGUGAUUACGAUAGGCGGAUGUAAAACUGCCUUUAAUUGGCGACGUUUUAUGGAGGCAAUACUUUGCUUUCCCUUUUUUCAACCCAGGUUCAAUUUAGUAAAACUUUUACAAGUUAAUUUACAAGUGUAUCCAUUGUUUUAGGGUCUGGAAACAAUAGCAACACUUUUAAAUCACACUUGAAGAAGUUUUAUUAAAUUGAUCUCCGGAUGAAUAAAAAUUAAACUCCAGUAAAAUCAGCCUUCAUUUGGAAAAUUUAGCGAGGCUACAUGAACUCGAUAAAGUUUGCCGAAACAACGCUAAUUCUUUUCCUGUAAUAUUUUCGAUGCUUUCGUCGUUGUGGCUGCUUCAAGGCGAUGUUACACGGGACGAUUCUCAACGACGAUUUUUGGCACAACACAGCGUUGCAAUGUUGGAACAAUGUUGCAACCAUUUGAAUCAAUGUCGCAACAAUGUUGCAACGCUGUGUUGCGCCAAUAAUCGUCGUGGCGAAUUGUCUCGUGUAACAUAAGCUGCUGAGACGGUAAUGUUCCUAAUAUAUAACGCACCAGUGCUAACUUAACUUUUGUUAUUCCAGUGAUUUUUAGCCACUCAUCUGCUUUUGAUAUUCACUGUCCCCAUCGCCGGAAUGUUCCUGAUACUGUUCUGAAAAGAAUGGUAAGAUUUUGGUUUUGUUCUUUAUGCCGUGAGGUGUGAUGUUUCCUGGUGAGGUCAAUCGUUCGGUUACACCACUUAAUCCAGCACUUUUUCGACUUUGUUUGUUAAUAGAAUUAAAAUAUGCAUGCUGACUCUGACUAUUAUGGUUUAAAAAGUUAAACCCAUUAAUAUCUCAUUUCCUCAUCUCUGUUGUAGAAAGAUAAUGGAGGCGUGGUCAUGGUGAAUUUCUACGAUAAAUACAUCAGAUGCACAGUUAAUAAAAGUUUACCAGCAAAUUUAUCGCAUGUGGCAGGUUUGAGUCUAUGAAUAGCGAGUUAAAGCAGCAAGAACGCUGAUUUCCCACGUGGACGUGUUUGUUCUCAUGGAACGCUUCUGCAUGAGACUGCGAGUUUAAAAGUCUUUGUUUUUGUUUUGAUUUUUGUUUUUCUUCCUGUGGUGCUAAUUACUUUAUCGAGUCAGACAACUGAAGGGGAGAGAAGAUAAUCUCUUUAUUUUUGACGUCAAUGAAGUAACUUAGAGUUGAAAUAAAAGCCUAGGUCGAAAAAUCAUUUUUUUCCCGAAAGCCUAUUAGACCCAGACCUUAAACUACUUGAGUUUGUUUAAAGUCACCAGGGAAUAUAUGAAAAAAAUUAAAUCUACUAACGUGACCAAACUGGUAUUUUAGUAAAAAGUUGAUUUCAAAGCUGACUUAAAACUGAAUUCAUUUUGAAAGCAUUCUAUAUAUCAUUACAGACCAUAUUGAUCACAUCAAGAAGGUUGCAGGAAUAGAUUACGUGGGCCUUGGAAGUGAUUACGAUGGUGUCCCAACGUAAGUUACGUAAUACUUAUCUCGGAGGAUGUUAUCCACCUUGGCCUUCGGCCUCGGUAGAUAACACCAUCCUCGAUCUGCUUAAUUCUUCAUAUCCUACGAAAGCCGAAUUCAUUAAUUGCUAAUUAAAUGUUUAUGUUCAAUAUUUUUACCGAAAAGAGUGACCUUGUUGAAAACCCAUCUUCACCGCUGGUGAGUCGGCCAGUUGCAGAAGACUUUAGGUCAGGAGAUGUAUGAUUCAGGCGUCCACACAAUUAUUAAUUAUUAUUGUUAUUAUUAUUAUUAUUAUUAUCAUUAUUAUCAUAAUUAUUAUUAUUAUUACUUAUUUUAUUUUAUUUUUUUCACGACCUCUGCACAAUCUGAGAGCCUGUCGUGGAAUAGCCUACCGGGUAUAGGCUAGAUGUACUAUGAGAAGCACCAACAUGGUGGACGUCGUGUCAUCGUGUCCUAUGAAUGAAUGAAUAAAUGAAUGAAGAGUCGUGAAUGAGAGGACAACUGUGAUGUUUGAGUUCUCUUUCUAUGUCAUUACAGCUUACCCCAAGGCUUGGGUGAUGUAACAACAUUUCCCGAUCUGAUUGCUGAGCUUCUCAAGAGAGGUUACUCUGACGAAGAUGUCAAAAAAGUCGUUGGUGAAAACCUUAUUCGAACCUUCAAAAAAGCAGAGGAGGUAUACCGCUGAGUCAAAUGUUUCUCUAGCCUGCGAGAAACUCUCCGGGGCGCCUUGGCGGCGGGGCGGGAAAAGGAAGGAGAGCUUGCAACUACGUCUCUGGAAUUUAAAUAUCUGCAUCGAAAAGUGCGAAGAUGACACUAGAAAUGACGUCAUUACCCUUGGCGCGUGUCGCUUCAAUGUUUGUUUACAUUCGCGCUCGUUUCCGCGUUCCGCUUCGCUCAGUCGACGGGGGGGGGGGGGGCACAGGGGAAUUGGAGGCGGAAUUCAAAUUCCAGAGAAGUAGUUGCAAGCUUUCCUUCCUUUUCUCACCCCUACGCCAGAGCGCCCCGGAGAGCUUGCUCGCAGGCCAAUGUUUAUCCACGUAAUAGACACUACAGUCCAAAAAGUAAGCAGUCCUUCGUUUGGGUAAGCAUUCUCCUCGUAACAUUUAAAAUCUUCUAUUACGCGCCUCUCCCCUUUCUAUAGGCCUCCUUUUUAUAAAGGAAGAAGUGUUUUAAGCACUCUUUAAGCCCCUCUCUCAUUUAACCCUGUAAGUCCCGAUAUCCACUUACAAAUUCUCCAAACUGAUCUCUAUAAAUUUCCUUUAAGAAUUAGUUGAGAGAAUUUGAUAAUAGAUCAAAGCGUUUAUUUAGUGAUCAUUCUAUUAACUCUCAUAACUAUUUCUCUAGGCAACAUAUGGAUAUUGUUAGGAGAAAAUUGAUGUUGGUGACUAUUGGGACUUAUAGGGGUUAAGCUGUUCACCCUCCCCUUUUUCACAAAAGACAAAAAGACAAAAUACUGACUUUGUUUAGAAGUAUAAUUAUUGAUUAAUGACUGUACAUUUCAUGUGCAAUGAUCAAAGUAUUGUCCAAUAGGACAUUUCCGAGUUUCAGAAACCGUCACUUUCAAAGCUAGCGAGGCCAAGUGGAAAACCUUUUUUUAUAAUCAUUUCAUAUAAAAGACGUCUCGCUUGUCCUCGUUUGAAAAUAGAGGGUUAAAAAGGUGUAUCACUUAAAUCGCUAUGCCAGAAAGUCAUUUUGCGGAUCCAAAAACUCCAGUUUGCUUCUUCCUUUUUUUUCUAUAAUUUAAAACGCGCCAUUAGUAUGGAUAUUAUUUUACUCUUAAAAAACUGAAUAUAGAUUAACAAUUUCAACAAUUCUAUCAACCGUACCGAAACGAAGGACAAGACAAUACAAGAUAAAGCAUUUAUAACCUUAAUAUUACUUUCUAUCUUUUGGCACGCAGCCGUCACAUAGUAAAAGCCACCACCCCGUUGACAUCAUUUCCAUCCUGACUUCUUCCUGUUAUAAAUUGUUUCAUUUCAGGUUGCUCAAGAAAUGCAAAAGAAAAUGGCUCCCUACGAUGAGUAUCGGUUCUUCGCUAACAUCCCCUGCCGUCCAAAUUACGGCGGUGGCUUGGGCGGUUUUGUGCCUUAUUACAACAGGACCAUCGUCGUUUCGCCGUUUAAAAUUUAA